AUACUUAAAAUAGAUUUCUGCUUAUAUUUAUAUCAGUAAUUGUAACACUUGACUGUUGAUGCCGAUAUUGUGUGUUUUCGCAAAAAAGAUGUACGCAAAACAGUGUUAAUUUUACUAUUAGAAUAUGUUUACAAAAAUGGCUGGCAAGAGGUCUGCAACUACAGAAUUAAAUCAUGAUAACUGGGAUAAGGAAGAUCGUCCUGAAGAAGCAGGGACAUUCAAAAAGGCUCCCAAUGAGGUAAUGGAGAAACGUGUUGUUAAAAGAGCUAAGAGACGUUUGCAACCUUCGGAUGAUUCUAGCAAAAGUGCGUUUGGUGCAUUUACUGGUUUUAAAACAGUAACAGCAUCUGCUGGAAAUCCUUCGCCAUUUAGCUUUUUAGCCAACAGUAAUACUAGUACUAAUACGAAUACGAAUGAUACAUCUUCAAAGACAGUUACAAAUAUAAAUAAAUCUACAACCAAUGAUGGUAUUAAACGUAAUGAAAAUGGCACAAGUAAACAGAAUAUUUCAGACUCACAGACUAAUCAGAAAAGUGAUUCUGAUCAGAAGGACAAAAAUAUAUUUAAAAAGUCUACGGAUUAUUUUGCUAAGUUAAAGGGUUUAAAUGAAAGUGUGGCACAGUGGAUUAAGACUCAUGUUGACUCAAAUCCAUUCUGCAUAUUGACACCAAUAUUUCAAGACUAUGAAAGGUAUUUGAAAGAAAUUGAAUCCAAACAUGGAAAUGAAACAGAAAAAUCAUCACCUUCGGAACAUGCACAGAGUACUAACGAUAAUAAGGAAGCAGUAAGUGCAGAAAAGAAGUUUGAGAGUUCUCCAUUUGGAAGUACAUCAGCGAAAUCGUUUAACACUACAGAAUGGAAACCGGAGAAAUCAAUUUUUAGCAAUAUGAAUACAAAUUCUAAAUCUAUAUUUGGACAAUCUGACGGUACUGCAGACAGCAAUAAAUCCAUUUUUAGCAUUGAUCAAGGUUUUGACUCGCAUAAAUCUCUGUUUGGUAACGUUGAACAGAAAUCUGGUUCCAAAAGUAUAUUCGGAAAUGUGAGUUCUGAAAAGAAUCCAUUCUUAAGUAAACCUUCUACUGCAACAGAUAAUAAAACAAAUGAGCAAGAAACAAAGUCAGAUUCAAAAAAUAUUACUCCUAUGACUACUACUAGCUCUUUUCCUACAACAAACACAACUACUUUUUGCUUCGGUCAGAGUUCUGCUACCAGUAAUACAUCAACUGGAUUUAGUUUUGGAAGUGCUAAACCUUUCACAUUUGGAGCUCAAAUGGUGAAGCCACAAGAACCUGAGAAUAGUGAAGCAGAAGAAGAAGACGACGAACCACCAAAAUCAGAUUUCAAGCCAAUCACGGAAGAAGGUGCAAUAUACCAACAGAGGUGUAAAGUUUUCUUUAAGAAAGAUGGUAAUUUCGUUGACAAAGGUAUUGGGACAUUGUUCCUAAAACCUACUCCAAAUGAUAAAAUCCAAUUAUUGGUACGCGCAGAAACUUGCUCAGGAAACUUGCUGCUUAAUACUUUAUUAACUGAAAGUAUCCCAACUAAACGCAUGAAUAAAAAUACGGUAAUGUUAGCUUGCGUACCAAAUCCUGAAUCUUCGCCGCCACCAGUACCAGUUCUCUUGAGAGUGAAAACAGAGGAAGAUGCCGAUGCGUUGUUAGAGGCACUUAUCAAAAAUAAGAAGUAAUUAGAAAAUUAAAGCUAUAAAUAAUAAAGAUAAUCCUAUGAAAAAAAGAAAUAUGAUUACGCUGAUUACAGAAACUGGAGAAUUUUUAAAUAUAAAAGACAGAUCUAUUUGUUAUUUGUAUUGAUUAUGAUACUUUGAUUUCUCGAGUAAAAGAGGAUUAUGUAAAAUAGAACUGCAGCAAAUAUUCUUUAUUUUUCAUUAUACGAUAGGGACGUCAUGGUAUCGUUACUAUAAAAAUAUUGCAUCUGUAAUUAAUGAAUAAAUAUUAAUCACUUUUAAAAUACUUAAAAUACAUGUUAAUCAUUUGACAUAUGUACUAAGUACGUACGUUCUUUGUACGUAUUUUGCACUAAGACGUUAAGUAUGGUUGUAUAUAUUAUUUUGAAUAUAUUAUUUCUUAUACGUUAUUAAUAUCAUGAUAGGAGAUAACUUCUAAUUAAAAAAAUAUACUCAUGCUCUGUAUUUUUUGUUCCGCAAUAAUUUUCUGCGAAAUGUUAUAUACGUAUGUAUUAAACAUGCUAUGAUAGUCUAAAGUGAGUUCAACGCAGUGAACAAUAUUUAAUCAUUCUGUGUGAAAAUAUUUAUAGUUCUUACAUUUAUGUUGUCUCAUCAAAUUCUGAAUGAAUAGAUAAAUUAGUUACCAAAUAGAAUAAAUGGAAGUAUAUCAUUUUUUUAUGAUCCAUAGUGUAUUUACAACUGAAUAUGCAAGGUGUUUUCGUGCAUAUAUCUAAUGUACAGAGUCGCUUGUUUUCCGAAUAGUAAUAUAAUAAUUUCCGCAAUUAUAAAUAAGCAAUAGACAUUAAAAUCUGUGUACAAAGUAAAAAA